AUGACAGCAGUUUAUAGAAUUUUAGACAUUCACACGCAAAUGUUGAUGCGCAUUGUGGCGGUGAUAGUUUGCCAAAGCAUGUGGGCAGACGUAACGGUAACCACUGAGUUUGUGGUGAGAGGGGAGGUUGUGCAACAACGGAUCAAUCCGUAUGGAAAGGAUUUACAAUUACUGCUGCGAGAGCCACCUUUAAAGCAUGCAAAGAGUGUGUUGCACAAAGAUUUGGUGCAAGAGUUGUGGAUGGAGCAGAAGCUGGAUCAAUUCGAUAUAGCGAAUAACAAAACAUGGUUAAUGCGUUAUUUUCGCAACGAACGCUACUUCCAGCCACAUGGCCCAAUUUUCAUAUUCGUUGGGGGAGAGUGGGAGAUUUCGCCAGCUUUCCUUUUGACAGGGCAUAUGCACGAUAUAGCAAGGCAACAUAACGGUAUGCUUUAUUAUGUGGAACAUCGGUACUAUGGGCUAAGCUGGCCUACGGAUGAUGCCAGUGUGAAGAACUUAAAAUACUUAAGUGCUCGUCAAGCCUUAGCGGACUUAGCUCAUUUCAUUCGCUACCUAAAAAGCAAUGAAGACGACUUGUCCAACUCAAAAAUCAUACUAACGGGCGCUUCUUACUCCGGGAGUCUCGUUGCUUGGUUCGCUAAGCUAUAUCCAGAUUUGAUGGAUGCUGGUUGGGCUUCGAGUGCACCAAUAGUGGCUAAAUUGAAUUUCUUUGAAUACAUGCAGCAAGUCGGGAAGGUUAUUCAGCUACGUGGUGGUUCUGAGUGUUCCGAACUGCUUGAAAGCGGUCUUGAGGAUAUUGCAGCGCUACUGGAGUCCUCAAAAGCCGCUCAACUGCAAAAUGCCCUGCGCAUAUGUAAAAAUUUCGAGGCUACAAACCAACUGGACCGCGCUGCAUUCUUCAAUGGCUUGGGCAAUUAUUUUGCUACAUUCGCCCAACUGUAUGACGACCAAAUCGUUGCCGAAAUUUGUACGCCGCUCAUAGCUAACACAAAUAAAGACGACUUGACGGGCUUCAUGGAAUUUUUGAGACGCAUAUUUUGGCCCGAGUUCGCGAAGCAAGCGCACGCCGAAGACUGGUGCAUCGAUUUGUCGUAUGAGGGCAUGAAGUCUAUAUUUGCAGAUCUAACCGACCAGCUGAGUGGUACACGUCCUUGGUUUUACCAGAGUUGCCACGAGUUCGGUUGGUUCACGACUACGACUAACAAACAGCCAACGGCCAUCCGGCAGGUGACAGUUGCGCGUCGCCAUGAAGAGAUAACCCAGCUGCGGCAUUCUUUUGGCAGUCAAGUGCCACUCAAUUAUUUUCAACAACUUUGUGACGAUGCCUUCGACAAAAGUGCCGAUACUGCAACGUACAUUGACAUUGACACCUCCACCAGCAUUCAGCAAACAAAUAGUCAUUUUGGUGGUCUCACCGCUGCCGCGGCACUACAGCACCGUGUCAUCUUCACUCACGGCCAGCUCGAUCCCUGGCGUGCUGUUAGUCUGCAAUGGGGCGAAAAUGUCAUUAAUAUAGCAGGCUAUUCACACACCGCUGAUUUGGAUUCCAUAAACUUCGCCGAUUCGGUGGAAAUGAAUGUGGCUAAAUUGAAAGUAGCGGCCUUUUUGCGUAGUGUUUUAAGGCGAAAAACAACAGCAACAAGCGAACUAGCCACCAAGAAGUAG